AUUGAGAUAAAAAAAAUGAUGAAAUCGCAGUCUGCCCCUUCAAACUCGGCUAUAAAAAUUGGCCCUGAAUCUGCCGAAAAUAGUGUGGGUAAGCAGUCGAGUCUAGUUCACAGCAAAAUGUUCAAACUAAUCCUCCUAGUUUCAGCAUUUGCAGCCUUUGCUGCUUCCGCCAGCCUAAAAAUCUCACCAGAUGAGCUUCAACUGAUCUUCCAAACUCUUGAAGCAGACGUCCAGGUCCGUGUCAGCGCCGCUCAGAUUGAAAUCCGGAACACUUUGGUUCCAGUCAAGAUUCUGGUCCAGGAUGCCAAGGCCCAAUUGGACAACGAAAUUGAAGAUUCUGGAAGCUUUUACUAUAAGGAAAUUCUGGUGCUCCAACAAGAAGCCGAAUUGCAAGGCAAAGACAUCAGCAGCUGCAUUGAAAGCGCUAAUUACAGCGUAGUGGCUAUCAACCUGAACCUGACUGAAACCUAUUACACCUACAUUGAAGAUUCUGAAAGAGAAGCUGAAGACUCAGUGCAACAAGCAGUCGAUAUCACUGCAAACGCUUUAAGUACUCUGGAUGAAUUGAAGCAGCGAAUCUACGCUUGCUCGGACAACGACUGUGCUCAGCAAUUGGAUAUUGAACUUGUAGAGUUCUACGGAGCCGUGGUUAAAGUAAUCUACAAUACCAUUGAAGAUGUUAAUGUGGCGACUUUACAAGUUCUCCCCGAUAAUUUAUCCAAGGCUGUUUUUGACAAAGUCCAGUACUCAGACCAGCUCUAUGAGCUGGUGAGUGAAGUGGGACGUUGCUUGUAGAAUACUGCUUAAGAAAAAUUU